AUGCAGAUGGCUACUAUUCCUCCUUCUCUGUUUCUGCUCAUCUUUCUCUGGAGCACAGAACUGGGAGCUGAGGGUCAAGAAGUCCACUUUGGACCUUGUUUGGUUCAGCGGGCAAUUCUUCGAGACUUAUGGAGGGCCUUCCAGGCUAUGAAGAACACUGUGCAAGCGCUGGAUCACGACACAGACACACGGCUGCUGCGCCAGGAAUUUCUCCGGAAUGCCUCGCGGGCUGAAAUGUACCACCUCACCAACUCCCUACUGGAUUUUUACUUGGGGAAUAUUUUCAGCAACUACUAUCCAAAGGCAGACAGACUUGGGAUCCUGCCGCCAUUCACGACUCUGGCCAACAACUUUUUUGCCAUCGUGAAGAAACUCAAACGUUGUAAGGAAAAGGGGAUGCUUCCUUCAAAUGAGAGUGCCCAAAGGAAGUUUGAGCUAUUCCAGCAGGAAUUUACAAAGUUAAACCCAGAAGUAAGGCUAACAAAAGCCUUGGGAGAAGUGGACAUUCUCUUAACCUGGAUGGAGAAAGCCUUUCACUAA